UCAGUCUUGGCUGAACCGACAAUGAAGUGGAAGCAACUGCUAAUUUCAUGUCUCUCUACACUCCAUUUCGUUGCGAGUGACCCACAUUGCGGAUAUGAGGCGUGUCCAAAGAUCGACAAAGAGAUGUUGACAGUCCAUUUGGUGCCUCACACCCACGACGAUGUCGGCUGGGUAAAGACGGUUGAUGAGUAUUUCUUCGGGACAAAAGACCAACGGCCUUCAGUGAGCGUGAAAACAAUUAUAGAGUCGGUCAUCGAGCAACUUCAGAUCGAUCCUGGCCGAAAGUUCAUUUGGGUGGAAACGGCCUUCUUUUGGAAGUGGUGGUCUUCGCAGCAAAACGACACGCUGAAAGACGUGGUGAAAAAAUUGGUAUCUGCCGGGCAGCUCGAGUUCACAGGAGGAGCGUGGAGCAUGAACGACGAGGCUGUCACGCACUACCAAAGCACCAUCGACCAGUUCACCUGGGGCUUCAGGCGCCUGAACGACAUUUUCGGGGACUGCGGACGUCCGCACGUCGGCUGGCAGAUCGAUCCGUUUGGCCAUUCUCGAGAAACGGCCUCUUUGAUGGCUCAGAUCGGUUUCGAUGGACUCUUCUUCGGACGGCUGGACAAAGACGAUAAGAAAAAUAGGAUGGAUCACAAGUCCAUGGAAAUGAUUUGGCGGGGAAGCAAGAAUAUCGGGGAGGACGGGGAUCUGUUCACUGGCGUUCUUUACAAUCAUUACAGUCCACCAAGAGGAUUUUGUUUUGACGUGUGGUGCUCGGAUUACAUUAGUGACGAGCCUGGUAAUAGCAAUUACAAAGAAAAGAUUGCCUCAUUCGUACAACUUGCCAAGGAGCAAUCAGACAAAUAUUUGACAAAAAAUAUAAUGUGGACAAUGGGAAUGGACUUCCACUACAUGAUUGCUGGCAAAUGGUACAAAAACAUGGAUACUUUAAUUAAACAUGUUAAUUCAAUUUCCAACGAAACGGGCAUCGUCGCCGUGUAUUCAACGCCGUCGUGCUACCUCCAAGCGCUUCACAAUUCUAGACUAGCCUGGCCCACCAAAGACGACGACUUUUUCCCUUACGCAAGCGAGCCAGACGCCUACUGGACCGGCUUCUUUACGUCCAGGCCAAAUUUGAAGAGAUUUGAACGCGCGGGAAACAAUCUUUUGCAGGUGUGCAAGCAACUGCACGUUUUGGCCGGCAGCACGGAAACGGACGGCUUGAACUCGUUGCGUGAGGCCAUGGGCGUUCUGCAGCACCACGACGCAAUCACAGGCACGGAAAAGCAGCACGUCGCUGAAGACUACGCUGCGAUUUUGAACAAAGCCCUCGUCCAGUGCGACGGUCUCACCUCAGAAUUUUUAAAUAAAUUGUCGAGAAAACGAGAAAAAGAGCCGAGUCUGGUCCUGUUUGAGAGAUGUCCGCUAUUGAACAUGAGCGAUUGUGCAGUGAGCGAAAACAAAACGACUUUCGUGGUCAAAAUUUUCAACCCGCUCGCCAGGCGUGUGAGCAAAUUCGUCCGAUUGCCGGUCACCGGCCCUGAGCAUUCGGUUUUUGACCUUUCUUCAGGGAAAAAACUUGAUAUUCAGUACGUGCCGAUUAUGGACGAGGUGAAUAAAAUUCCUGUUGGGAAAGGGAAGGCACUAUUUGAGCUCAUUUUCGAGGCCAGUGAUUUGCCACCCGUUGGAUUUAAAUCAUUCCACGUAACAAAGACAGGAAGGCAAGAAUUGCUGAGAAAAUUAAACAAUUUGGAGCACGAAAUCGGAAAUGAGUUCGUUAAAGUUUCCUUUGACGAUCGCUCCAAUUUGAUAAGGUCAGUGACGGUGGAAGGAAAAAACACGCCAAUUAGGCAGAGAAUGCUUUAUUAUCAAUCCGGCAAAAGUGGUUACGACGAUGCGGGAUAUCAGGGGACACGUCAGGCCUCAGGGGCCUACAUUUUCAGGCCGAGAAAAAACCAGCCGUUUAAAGUCUCUAAUGAACCAACCAAAAUUUCAAUAUUCAAAGGUCCUUUGGUGCAAGAAGCACACCAAACAUUUUCUCCGUGGGCCAGUCAGGUCGUCAGGGUGUACAGGGGGCAGAAACACGUGGAAAUAGACUGGCUAGUUGGCCCCAUUCCCACCGCCGAUGGAUUCGGGAAAGAAGUGAUUUCGAAGAUUUCUACAAAUUUGAAAACGAACGGAGAGUUCACGACCGACUCUAACAGCCGGGAGUAUUUGCGACGCAGGAGAAACGUGCGAGAAACGUGGACAGCGAACAUCGAGGAGCCGGUCGCUGGCAAUUAUUACCCAGUCACCAGCGCCAUUUCCAUGCAGGAUGAAAUUAGCACGGUGGCAAUUCUAACUGACCGAGCCCAAGGAGGAGCCAGUAUUGAAGACGGUAGCCUUGAGUUGAUGUUGCACAGACGCCUAGUGCAAGACGAUGGUUUCGGCGUGGAGGAAGUUUUGAACGAACAGCAGAUGGGAGUUGGAAUGGUGGCUCGGGGCCGACACAUUUUACUCAUUGCCCCCGUCGAUUCGAACGUUACGGCACGACAGAGAGAUCUGGUCCAGCGAGAAAUGGUGUUGGAGCCAACUCUGUACUUCGCACCGACCAACCUUACCGCGCAAGAAUGGGCAGAAAAAUAUCUUGUCGAGUUUUCAGGGAUCAAAACGGCUUUGCCUGAAAACGUAAAUCUGCUCACCAUGGAGCCGUGGAGGGGCAACUCAGUUUUGUUGAGACUCGAGAACGCCUUUGAGAAAAAAGAAGACCAAUUUCCUGUCAAAGUUUCACUGACGGAUUUAUUUGAAGCGGAGGUUGUGAGCGUUGAAGAGAUGAUGCUCGGAGCAAACCAGAAGGUGGGCGACAGCAAGAGGUUCAAGUGGCAGGCACAAUUUGAAGGAAUUGGAGACCGUGAAGGGCCCGCAAGAAAAACAGUUGGACCGUCGAAUAAUUUUGAGGUUAUUUUGUAUCCGAUGCAGAUUCGAACUUUUGUAGUCAGUUUGAAAACUACAUCUGUUUGAUGGUGAAUUUAACUAAAAUGUGAUUUUAAAUUAACCUUUGACUAGUGCUAUAUUUGCACCGUAUUUGUAUUAUGACUUAGAUGAGAGAAUAAACAAUUAAUAACAUUA